AUGCUUUAUAUUUUAAAAAAAUAUCUAGAAGCAAUCGAAUGCUAUGACGAAGCAAUCAAACUCAAUCCAAAAGAUGCUAAUUAUUACAAUAAUAAAGGCAACGCUUUUCAGAAUUUAGAAAGAUAUCUAGAAGCAAUCGAAUGCUUCGACGAAGCAAUCAAACUUAAUCCAAACGACGUUCGCUUUUUCAAGAGUAAAGGCGAUAUUCUUCACAAUUUAAAAAGAUAUAUAGAAGAAAUUGAAUGCCUUGAAAAAGCAAUCAAACUCGAUCCAAACAAUGCUAGCCCUUACAAUAAUAAAGGCAGCCUUUUUUAUAUUUUAGGAAGAUAUCUAGAAGCAAUCGAAUGUUUUGACGAGGCAAUCAAACUCUAUUCAAACAAUGCUAGGCUUUACAACAAUAAAGGCAGCGUUUUUUAUAAUAUGCAAAGAUAUCUAGAAGCAAUUGAAUGCUAUGACAAAGCAAUCAAACUCAAUAAUAACGAUGCUGGUACUCUCAAUGAUAAAGGACAUGUUUUAAAUAAAUUAGGAAGAUACUCAGAAGCAGUAGAAAGCUAUGACAAAGCAAUCAAAAUCAAUCCAAAUAAUGCCAGGUUUUAUAAUCGUAAAGGCAAUAAUCUUUAUCUUUUAGGGAGAUAUCAAGAAGCAAUGCAGUGCUUUGAUGAGGCAAUCAAACUUGAAUCCAAUAAUCCUUUGCAUUUCUGCAGCCGAGCUAGAGUAUUCAAUAUUCUCAGACAAGAAGAAGCAGCGUUGCAGGACUUUAAUAGGGCUUAUAAUUUGAAGCAAGAAAAACAAGUAAGUGGAGUUUUCACUGGGAAUGAAUGGAACCUUUCAGAGGAGGAAAUCAAUUUUAUUAACGACGUAUUAGGCCGAGACCGUAUUGAACUACUCCAAAAAAUGCAGAUUUAG